AUGGCACAAGGCUUCAUCUCGCCAUCCGUUGGACAAAGUCUUGAAGAUGCGGGUGAACGGUAUUUCAAGAUAUUACUUGAGAGGUGCUUCUUCCAGGAUGUGGAGCUAGGUGACAGUGGCAAAAUUAUUUCAUGCAAAAUGCAUGAUCUAAUUCAUGAUCAAGCUAAACAAGUAGCAGGAGAACAAAUCAUGUCAUACAUCUACAAAAAGCUAGAACAAAUCCAUGAGAGAACUCGUCAUUUAUUUCAUGGUGGUUUGCUCACGACAGAAGACAUUGCAAUUUACACCACCAACACGAAAAGAAUGAGAACACUUUUGCUAGAGUGUCGGUUAUGGGAAAGUGAUCUGGAAUGUUUUCAUCCGAGAAAUUUAAGGGCAUUGAGCUUGCAUGGGAUGCAUUUGUUUGUGUUACCGAGUAUGAUUGGUAACUUAUUGCAUCUGAGGUAUCUUGACCUCUCCCGUAAUGUUUUCUCUGAGUUGCCUACAUUUAUUACCAGGCUUUAUAACUUGCAAUCAUUGAACUUGCGGGAGUGCCGUAGUCUAGAAAUGUUGCCAAGCAACUUUAUAAAAUUAGUAAAUCUCAGGUAUCUAGACAUACAUCAAUGUUCUAAUUUGAAAUAUAUGCCUCCAUGGAUGAGUAGAAUGACAUCAUUGCACACGAUCACAAUGCUUGUAGUAAAUGGAACGUUGUGGCGCUCAGAUGAAGGACAACUUUCAAAUUUGGAAUUGCUUAUCAAUAAUCAUUCUGAGUUGAUGAAAAUACAGUUUAAAAAGUGUGCCACAUAUGCAAUGGAAACUAGGAAACGAAAGAAAUAUCUUUUAAACCAUAGAUACCUUAGGGAGAUAGAGAUCGUGUGGGAGUCGGAGAUUUCUUCGCCCAGAAGUAAUUUUAGCGAGGAAGAAGCGUUGCUAGAAGACCUUCAACCCCCUAAUAAUAUUAGAAAGUUGAUGGUGGAGAAUUAUCCUGGUGUGAGGUUCCCGAGGUGGAAUGAUCUUGAAACAGGUAUCUCAAAUCUUGUUGAAUUAAGAAUCAGUUUCUUUACAAGCUUGAAGCAGCUUCCAUUGCUGAGUCAAGUGCCGCAUUUGAAGGUCCUUGAAUUACAAUCAUUGUAUGAAGUGGAGUAUGUGGAGAGUAGUGGUCAAGAUGGGUCUCAUAUAUGUACAUCAUCAAAAACAGUAAAAAAAGAGUUCUUUCCAUCCCUUGAAAAACUUAAACUACAGUUUUUAGGAAAGUUGAAAGGGUGGUGGAAAGAACGACUAUGGUAUUCAUUUCCUCACCUUUCAUCUUUGGUUAUUGAUAAUUGUCGAGAGAUGAAAACUUUUCCAUUGUGUCCAAAACUGGAAGAAUUGACAUUGUGGCAUUUCAAUGGUGCAUUAAACCCUAUAUUUAUAGAGAGUAAAUGUGAAAGGCCGUCAUCCUCAAAUAUAACGAGAGAAAAACAAGGAAUAGGAGGACUGAAGAAAGUCGUUUAUAUAGAUGAUGUGGGAUACCUUAAUUCUCUGCCUCUGGAAUCUUUCCACAGCAUUUCUCAUAUACUCAUAUGGAAUGACCGCAAUAUAGAGAGUUUGACAACAUGGAAAGCAUUCCAAAGUGGUCGUCUAUCCUCCCUUCAAUUCCUUAAAAUUAGCAGUUGUGAGAAAUUGAAGACAGUGUCAGGGCAAGGAGUGUGGGAGCAUCUCGCUAAUUUGGAGACCCUCAAAUUGUGUGACCUUCCUGAAUUAGAGUUGGAGGAUGCAAAAGAAGAAGAGAAAAAUAUCAACCAAAGAGAUGAGGUAGAAAAUAGACAGGAGAAGAGAUGCAGCAUCACUAAUCCUUGCAAGAACUGCAAUUAUGGGAUAUCUCAAAAGAACUCGAGGAAAGAUGCCAAUCAGAAAGGUGGGUUUAUGAAUAAUGCCUUCGAGUUCAUAGUCUCAAACAAUAGACUCUACAAAGAGGAUGACUGCCCUUAUCUUAUGAAGGAAGGACGUUAUGAAGCAACAAAGGAAGCAAUAGAGAUAGUUACCAUUAAUGGUCAUCGAGAUGUUCCAUCAAAUGAUGAAACAAGUCUACUAAAAGCACUCGCUCACCAGCCUGUUAGUGUCAGAAUUGAGGCUGCUGGAAGAGACUUCCAAUUUUACAGAGGGGGAGUUUCUGAUGGCCAUUGCUGA